GACAUUUGUCCUGUUUGCAAAGAUGUCUUUGGUCUGAUAGAAGGAGACCAGCCGGCUGGAACCAUGACGAGCUAUGAAAGUCCGUCAUCCCUCCCUGGAUUCUCAGGCUGCGGCUAUAUACAUAUCAAAUAUGAUAUUCCAGGUGGAAUACAGACGGAAAAGCAUUUAAAUCCUGGGAAGUACUAUUCUGGUAUUCACAGAAUAGCAUAUCUGCCAAAUAACAAAGAGGGCAGAGAAGUGCUGGUCCUGUUGAAGAAAGCGUUCAAGCAGAAGCUCAUUUUCACUGUUGGGACGUCCAGAACGUCUGGGAUGGACAACCAAGUGACCUGGAACGACAUUCACCACAAAACCAGCAUUACAGGAGGACCAGAGAAUUUUGGGUAUCCUGAUCCUGGCUACCUGAGCAGAGUCAAAGAGGAGCUGAAGGCUAAAGGCAUCGAGUGAAGACUUCCGUACAAAGUAGCAGAGGAGAGAUGUUUUCACACACAAAAAAAUUAAUAUGAUUGUAUAGAUCAAGCAAUUACUGGAAUGCACAUAUCGUAUUUUAUGCUGUAUCUCUUCUUGUAAUUUUUCAUAUUAUCAGUAUGGGGUGUUUUGAGGUGUGUCAGACAGCAUUUACAUGUUAAGAGUUUAUGAUUUAAAAUAAUGUAUUAUCUUCACCUAUUAAGCUUAACUUUCUUUGAUGGAUUUCCUCAUUAUUUUGUUGAUUGAUAAAGUUUCUCAACUUAUUACAGAAUCACAAUGACAUUUGAAUACAUAAAUUGAACUUUAUGUCUACAGUACACAAUCUGAUUUACAAUUUGCCUAAUAAAUGAUUAAAUCAACCCACACUGAGUCAUAGUAUUCAUCACUGUAUCAUUACUGCAUGUUGUGGAAAAAAACACAAAACACAUUGGUUUGUUUUCUGUACAAUUUUUU